GUUUAAAAGACGUCGCACAUUAUUUUACGGCUGGAGCGUACAAUCAGAUAAAAUAAAUAAGGUUAACAUAUUUAAAAGAUAUUCAAAAAUGAACUGGUCUCCAUCAAAUUUUCCGCAUAUGCUAGGUGGAACGGGCGCCCCCGGAAAUCGAAAUAGAAAUUUAAUGACUUCAAUUCGUCAAUACCAAUGUCAACAGCAACAGCAGCGGCAGCAGCAGCAGCUGCAACAACAGGAUGAAAUCUCUAAAUCUUUACAAUUAUUUGCAAAACUUGCAGCUUAUAAAAAUAAUAAUUUUGACGGUCUAAGUCCAUCAUUGAAUAUAUCUGAUGCUGUUAUGCAGGAUUUCGCCUGUAAUGGUUACGUGGCUGAUGAGUCGUCUGUUCAGCAGCAACUGGGAAUGAUGCAUUUAUCGAAUCCCUAUGUCAAUAGAAUGAGUUUGCUUACAGCUACACUUAGCCCAUUCAACGCCGGAAACGUUGAUAAAAACGUUGGGAAUAAGGCGAAUGCAACCUACAGUGCUGCUGCAACCGCAGCCAUCUUAAAUCAGCAACGCUUAUGUUUACAAAAUCAAGUAAACUUAAAUUUUAAUAGUACAUUUUGGGGAGUUUCACCAGCUGAAAUGUAUCAACACGCGAAUGCAGUUAAUAAUGCGGCUGCCGCUGUGGCAGCCGCUGCUGCUGUUAACAUGGACUAUAAUAGCAAUCAGAAGAAGCUGACCAGAAAUCGUUACAAUGGCAGUAAAUAUGAAAGAUAUAUUUCGGCUAAACAUUGUGUAUUUUGUGAAAACAAUAAUGAGCCGGAAGCGGUUGUAAGAUCUCAUGCGGUUCGUGACUCGGCAGGUCGAGUUUUAUGUCCAAAAUUAAGAGCAUACACAUGUCCAAUAUGUGGCUCAUCUGGUGAUAAUGCGCAUACGAUAAAAUAUUGUCCACAAAAACCUAUUGUAACAAUGGAAGAUGCCGUGAACGCGCAAACGUUGCGUUUAAAUAAACCUUUCAAUAGCAAAUAAUAACAAACUUAAACUUAAAUAUCAAAUAAUUUGAUAUUUUUUUCAAUAUUAUUAACUAUCUUCUUUUUAUUUCUUUUUUCGUAUAUUUAAAAACAAAAACUAAAAAUUCGCGAGAAGCCAUUAUUUUAUUGUGAAUAACUUGGGAUUAUAUGUAUAUAUCUCUUAAAUGAUAAACAAUGAGAAAUUAUGAAUUAAAAAGCAAAAUACAUACAUAUAUAUAU